AUGUUUCAUAUUGCCUUCUCAUUACUUGCUGCCUUUGGUUUAUGUGGUGCUUAUUUUUUCACAUUUACGAAUGCCUCUGGUGAACCUCGUAAAGAUCUUCAUUCUGUCGUAGACCUAAUUCGAGAUGAUGCUCAAGCUCUGUCCAAAGCUUUGGAUCGUUUGAAAAAAAAACAGAAGUUCCUCGUUUUUUUCGAUCUAGUCAAGAAGUACGUCGUGCGACGAUGUAAUGCUGAGCUGCAAAGUAUGUUUCUUAAAAGCACCACGGAAUACGAUCGUAGUCUGGCUAGUACUGCAAACCAUCUCAAUAUAUUUUUGCAAGAAACUGAUACGUGGCUUCUUCUAUUUCGAAAACAUGUUGACAAUGCAGAAUGGUCUGAAGCUCUCGGAAUUUUUCGAACGCUCGAUGAUUUGUAUUCGACUGCUAAUGCACAGAUAAACUCUUGUUAUACUCACUUUAAGAUGAUUUUUGAUGUAAAUAACGGAUUCUAUGGAAAAAAUGAGGGGUGGGGCUCAAAGGCCGUGCAAUUCUUGGCUCUCGGUAUGAACGAAAAACAAUGUCAAGCGAAAAAAUCCGUUUUGUUCAAUGGGGUAGCAUUUUUUGCUGUGGUUGCUAUUAUUUGCAGCGCGUUGCACUUCGCCGAGCAUCGAAUAUCGAAUCGGCCUGGAAGUGCUCAGCAACAACAACCACAACGACACCCUGAUCCACAUCUACAUAAGUGGUACGGCUACGUUACUAUUGACUCUCUUAUAUCGUGUCUGCUAUUCGCUGUUUUCUACUUUAUUUGUUUACUAUCACAGCCCGAAGACGUUUCAUGUGCUGCUGAGCUCAGUUCGACUGUGGAGAGUCAUCACAACAUAUACAUAGACGAGAUGCAAUCAGCUCAGUCUAACAUAGGCUCGAAUAUAGCAAUUAUCAUCUCAGAUGUCUCGUACUUAGCUUUGCUAAGUCGCACCGAGAUUGCCGAUCAACUGGAAGAUUCCAUAUGGAAGUCACUUGCAUUCGAUGCGAACCGCAUAGUUGAAGUUUUUGAAGCAAAUGUAAAGUUAGAAUAUGAGAUUACAGAUCAUCUGAAUGAACUUGAAAAACAUAUCUCCAAGGAAACCAACAUUCUUCAAUUGGUGCACUCCAAUUCACUGCAGAUCAUGGAAAAGAUGAAGAAACUUUAUGCAAUCAUGAAUUUACAUCUACGGGGACACCAAGAUACUCUACCUGGUUUAGAUAAAAUCGCAGAAAUUCUUGUUGAAUCUGUACUUGUCGGUCGCGAUGAACUCAAUUACAAUCGAUUAAAUGGACAGUACACAGAAAUUAUUAAACAUCAAAAAAGCGAUCUGGAUGAGGUUAUUAAUCUGAUUCAACCUCUACUAACUCAAACAGGGGAUGUAUUGAAAAACAUUAAUCAGGGACUGGAUGAUGCCGACAAACAGAAAAAAUCAGUAAUCACCAGGGCUGCAAUCGCAGCGCAUCUUUUUUUGGGGCUCGCGUCCAUGGUAAUAGGCGUUUUAAUGGCUGGUGGUGGUGUUGCAACAUUUAUGAAAGGUGAUCAGAUUGAAAUCGACGCGACAGAUCUAUUCAAAGUACUGAAAUCUAUGGAUGCUUCACUUAAUCAAAUUAUGACGCUCACGAACGAUCAGUACAACUAUUUACUAGAAAUGCAACGAUAUUGGAAUGCUCAGGAAAGAAAUUUGAAGAGUUUUCAUGAUAUCGCUACUUCCAAUCUUCAGACAACUAUUAAGCCUAUCUCAAAAGAAGAUAUCCAAACACUGCAAAACAUCCAGCACAAGAUUAUUAACAAAAAUAGAGACACAAGCCAAGCUAUCAAGAAUGUACUGUCCAUUAUACCUUCGUUAAGGCAACAAAAAGAAAAGUAUACUGAUGGAUGA